AUUGUAUAAAUUUGUCUGCAGGACUUGCUCCUCUGUGUUUUUUCCUGAGUCCUUCAGCAUGAGGGGACUGCUACUGUUGGCCCUUGCUGUCCCAGCAGUGCUGGCUGCAAGCCUGCCUCCGUCUGAGAAGCCCUUCACCUGCUCAGAGGAGGACAAGGAGGCGGCAUCCAAGGUGGCAGAGCACUUUAUCAACCAUCACCACCACCGCGGCUACAAGUUCCGUGUCAAGGACAUCCUCUCUGCCAAAGCAGAGAAAAAGGGCGACCCUGAGUGUCAGCUACUUCUGGAGUUGUCUUUAGGUGAAACAAAAUGUCAUAUCAUCGACCCCAAACCAUUAGAGAAAUGUGAUAUCCGUGAGGCUCAUGACACAGAAGUCAAGUCCAAAUGCAAUGUGACAGUGAAAGAGAAAGAGGGGAAAGCAACCAUCGAAAAAUUCUCCUGCACAACAGACGCAGUACCAGCAGAGGAACUGGUAAAAAUAUGCCCCGACUGUCCCUCUCUCAUACCCUUACAUGACCCUGAGGGGCUGAAAAGUGUCCGAAGCGCAGUCCAGAAAUUCCACGAUGACAGCAAGCCUAUCCACUACUUCAGGCUGAUGGAAGUAGGCAGGAUGUCAAGUCAGUGGACGUUUAUGGGAAUGUCCAUUUUUGCUGAUUUUGCGAUCGUUGAAACCAACUGCCUUUCUGACGUUAAGCCGGAAGACCAGGAUUCCUGCCUUACUCUUUGUGAUCAUGAAGCUCACCAUGGCCUCUGUGAAUCGACCUUACUUGGAAGUGGUGAAGUAGAUGUUCAGUGCCAGAUAUUUGAUGUUCAGAAUGACACAAUUUUCCACCAUCACCCACCUCCUACUGCACCCAACUGUACACUGCCUGUUCCUCAUAUGGACCCUGCAUCCCAUCCUCCUUUCCAUGCACUCCCUGAAGGGCUUCCUGGACAUGCAGACCCCCCAGGCCCCCCAGGCCCCCCAGGGCCUCGUGGACAUGGAAGACACCAUGGGCAUAUAAAUCCCGGUGAACACAAAUGCUCUGGAGUCUCUGGAGCCAUGGGAAUUCCAGGAAGGCCUGAUCGACCCGGCCACUUUUUCCCUCAGUGCCCGGGCGUUGUGAAAAUUCCUCCGACAAUCCACCCCAUCUGUCCCUUCCCUUCCGCUCCUCACCCACAUGCGCACGGCCACGGGCCCCACAUAUUACCCAUGUUGGAGGCUUCACUUCAGCAGAAAACAGUAUGAUCUCUCGUUACAUUGUUCAUGUACCUUAAUAAUGGAACUGCUCCAGAUAAUACUGUACACCAUUCAGUACCAAUAUUAGGCGUAUAAAAUUACCCAGCAUUCAAUGUACUUUCUAGGGAAAUUGACCCAGCAGGCAGGGGUCUUUUGUUACUGUCAAUAAAGUUUGAUUGGCCUCCUUGUUUCA